AUGGACGUUCUGGCCACGCCGGUUGAGCCGACCGUGGAAGAUUUUGUAAGAGAAUUAAAGAAAGCGGCUGAAACAGGAAUUGAUGGUAAUGUGAAGGAUUUAUUGCAUAGAAUAAAGAUUAAAUAUAAGGACAGUAAAAGCGAUUUAGCGCGAUAUCGCAGUGUCGAGCUCAAGGAUGACUCUGAGUUUUUUUCCAAUAUUCAUUACGAGUAUGUGAAAGAUGCAUUGGAAAUAUUCAAACAUGAUGAAUUAGUAGCAGAACCGGGAAGUAAAUUCCGGUACACAACCUAUGGAUUUACCUUGCUAAGUGCAGCAUUAGAGAAAGCAGCGAACGAGACCUAUGUAGAUCAAAUAACAAAUUUAUUCCGGGAAUUAGGAAUGAAUCACUCAUAUCUCGACCGUAAUUUUCCCCUCAUCAUUAAUCGAGCCAGGUAUUAUUAUCGUGAUCCGGAUCAUAAAUUAAAGAAUGUUCCGGAAGUAGACAAUUCAAGCAAAUGGGCUGGUGGUGGACUAUUAUCCACUGUCACUGAUUUACUUAUUUUCGCUAAUGCAAUGCUUUAUAGUUAUCAUGCAGCACAACAAUCAUCAAUGGAAAACAAUGGAAAAAAGCCAUUGCUCGACGCCGAAACCAUGAAAAUAUUUUGGAAAGGUGAAAUUUCGAAUCAUCGAGGAGAUGUGUACGCUCUUGGCUGGUAUAAAAUCGAUGGAGAGGAUCAAAAAUAUGGAGGUUUAAGUGAUACUUGGCCACGAAAAGGCGUUUUUUUACAUACUGGUGCUGCUGUGGGUGCGUCAUCUGUCCUCCUUAUCAGACCAGACCAUAAUUUCACUGGCACUGAUGGAAUUUGCGUUGCUAUUCUUACAAACUUACAUGAAUGCAGCGAACUUACACAGCUAGCUAUGGACAUUGUUGAAAUUUUUGAUUCUGCUACUUUCACGGAAAUCUCAUAG